AUGCACGACAGACUGGGCUUAAUAGUCGCCGUCGUAUCGUGUUAUCUGGUUCAAACCAGCUUUUGCAAUCGUGACCUGUUUCCGGAGGGCGUUCAGCUCGGCUACAGAUGGAGGGCGACGACUCACGUGGGUACCGUGUUCCCUUCGGAGCACUUGACCAACUAUUCGGUGGAAGCGUACUUUUUAGUUCAAAACGAUCAAAAUUUCACCAACUUUCAAAUCAAAGAAUUUAAAACGAGCGAAAACCAACAAGACUACCCGUGGAUCACGCUUCCGUUCCGAUGUGUUUACAGAGACGGCGAAGUGCAAAAGUUCGAGAGCGAAAGCGGCGACGUGACGGGAUCGUUGAACAUAAAAAGAGCAUUGGCCACUAUGUUUCAGCUGAAAUUGGAUUCCCUGAGGCGACCGUCGUUCGUCGCACAAGAGGCUGGAGUCUAUGGAAAAUGCAACGUUCAGUACCUUGUGACUAAAGAAAAUAAUAACACAAAUGUAAAGAAAAUAAUCAACUUUUCGGCUUGUGACAGUAAACUUGGACAACAGUGGAGCAAUACACCGGCGUUCACGUGCCCAUCGAGUUAUCAAGACGGGAGUAUGAGUCAUAGUGUUCGAAAUUAUAAUCUGGACGAGAUGAAUGUGAUUCGGUAUUUGAAUAUUAUCGGUACAGUAGAGUUCCAACCGUUCCAAGCGUUAGCAGAAUCUCAUCACAUCUUUGUGAACCAAACAUUUGAACUUGACGACAUUUUUCCGAUCGGUGAACCUAUCACGCUGGUAGCAAAGUUGGACGACUCGAUUGAGUACGACUUUAAUCACUAUGAAGAUCCUACAAUGGGUUUCAAGCCGUCCAAUAAGUCUCUUCUUUUGGAAGAAAUUCUUGAUGCACUCGGUCAACUCACAGAAAGUUUGAGCUGGGAAAUUGGAACAACUAACCUAGACAACCAGACUGAGUUCAGAGCUUUAGAACUCAUGUGGUGGUUAGAUAAAUCUGAUUGGACUUCAUUAUACGACACGAUAAAAAUCGGAACCAGUUACUCACAAGAAACCAUACAACACUUCUUUUGGGAUUUGGUACCACAAGUUGGAUCAGCUUCUUCAGUUGAAUUUAUUUGUGAACUAAUAGAGACACAAAAAAUAACGAGCUUUUUGGCCACUGGAUUGUUAAUAACGUUUCCGUACCACGUUAGGUAUCCAAACGAAAAACUCUUAAAAGAAUCCGAAAUUUUAUUGUAUCUCGAUGGAGAUCUAGAAAACGAAGUGAGAAAAGUAGCAAUUUUGAGCUUUGCUUCGUUGAUACAUAAAACGUGUGGUAAAGGAAUGUGCUCAGACGAUACGCAGAACAAGUACAUCAAAUUAUUUUUAGACAAAUUCAUAGAAUCCACUUCACACAGUCGACAAAUGCUGUUCAUCGAAGCGUUCAGUAACAUGAAAAUCGACAAUGUACUGGACUUUUUACAGCCGAUUAUUACAGAUCAUAAUCGUUCUAGACACAUCCGAUUAAUCGCUAUUUGGGCCUCGAAAUCAGCCACUACUGCCCACCCAGAAAAGGUCGCUGAAGUGUUUUGGCCGAUAUUGACAAACCACUCUGAACCUAUGGAAAUCCGAACGUCAGCGCUAAACAUGCUCAUGAUGUCCCAGCCGACUGUGUCUCGGUUUUUGACACUCUACUGGUUCAUGCAAGCCGAACCCAGCCAACAGAUUUAUAACUUUUACUACACAACGAUCAAUUCGAUGGCCAACUCCAAGUAUCCUUGCUACGACAAAUACAGCAAAAUAGCCGCUCAAAUUGUAAGGUUCGUGCAGCACAAAUGGCAUCACUGGUCCACCGGAAAUUACCUGUUGGAUUACGAGGACCCUAUGAGAGGAUACGGCGGAAUCGUUCAGACCAUCCUGAUGGCCAACCAGCGCACCGGGUUCCCGUCCGUGCUCCGGUUGACGGCCGAACAACACUCGUUCGGCACGUCGUCUGAAUUUCAGAUUCACCUAAAAUUUGAAGGACUGGCUGACAGCUUGAAGAAAGAACUGUUCAAUACCAUGGCGAAACCGUCCUAUGAAACGACCGACGCGCUCAAGCACAUACAGGACGUGCUCGAAAAGGCUAAGUUCACCAUCCGGGAGGACGAAGACCUUCACUUCGAGACGAUUAUCAAAAUCAACGAGCAGACCAUCUACUGUCACCACUUGAAUCAGACCACGUUCAAGAGCUUCGCCCUUGUAUUGAAGAGGCUGAGUUCGUUGUAUUUCCAGUUCAGUUUGAACUACCAGCGUCUAUCGUUCCCGUUACGUUUCCAGAGGACGCACUUCACCGAUUUUGGAACACCAAUCCUCUUACAGUUUAGAACGGCAUCAUUGCUGUCAUUACGAGGAAGCAUCAAGCAGACUGAGAGCGGCAAGUCAAGGGACGCUGAACUAGACUUCCGAUACUCCAUGGACACGGUGACCAGUCUGAAAACGUUCAACCCGCUGAGCAGCACUUGGAGGGGUGCCGAUCGUUUCCGUUGUAUCCAUGCGAGAAUACCGUUUUCCACCGAGAUAAUAACGCACUUUUUUAGAUCUUACAUAAAAGCAUCAGCCUACAGGUACAAGAAUUUCGUCGACGGGUCGAAGCUGGGAAUCGUUUGGCAUUCCGCGACCAAAUUGGUUCCACCGGAAAACACUUUACCGGUCGCCAAGAAAGACGAAUUGCUCACCGAUGAUUGGGCUUUCGAGUCGAGAGAUUUAGGAGCGAAAAUUGCCACUACAGUUUUCGACUGCCAAGAUGAAGGAAAAUUUUCCAAUUCGUUGAUAAUCAUCAAAGAAGCAUUUCAGAUCAGUAACAAAAACUAUCAGGCCAUACCCGGAGGUGUUGCUUUGCUGGGCAUCUAUUCUCUGGCCAAUUAUUUCACGUUCAUUCCUCCAGAAGACAGUUGUGGUCUGGUAUUGUCCCUGUCGCCGUUGCAGGUGGUUCCCGUGUUCGUCCAAGAGGGUAACACGAUGCACAUUACGAUGAACCACUACGACCAGACGCUCUGGGGCCUGACCGCGCAUUACGCGCGCAUCGCGGACGGCAACCAAGAGAUAUCGUUCAAGCUGAGCCACUCGAACCGCGAGCGGAACAUCACCAUCACCAACGGGUACUGGAGGCUGCUCCGGUUCGAGGGGUCGUUCAUACUGCCGUCCCGGAAGUCCGGCGCCCUGCACCCGCCGCCGCCGUUGCACGGACAGGCCACCGUGUCUUGGGGUUACCACGAUUCGGCUACCACCAUGCUCGUGUCCAUCAAGCCGGAGAACGCCCGCGAGGAAUGGCCCGAACAGUGCGUCAUUGAUUCGCCCACGUGCCUGCAGACCGCCAGCGACAUUUCCACCAGUCAAAUCAUAUCGCUGCAAUUCGUCAACCUGCCAAGUUGGAUGAUAAUUACAAUGCAUUCAUUGUUUUCUGAUUUUGUAAUGGACGAAGGUAAUAUGACCACCGUCAAAUUUACAUUUCCAACUAAACUUCCUUGGACUACCCGGGGUAUCUGCGCAGUCAACUCUGUGACGGCGUUGAGUUUGGAUAAUUCAACAACACACAAUUUCAAGUUAAAUCAAGACUGCUACACAAUAGCGUUAGCAGACUGUUCUCCAUUGUCCCGUUUUAUAGUAGGAAUUAAAAUGAACACUGUUAAUUCAACUUUGAGUGUGCGAAUAUUGACACAAAACAGUGUAAUGGACAUGGUUCAAGAAAAUUCCGACAUAAAAGUAUACAUUAAUGGAACUGAAAUUGAAGUCACAGCAACUGGAAUUCAAUAUCCACCGAAAAAUAAAGAUGAUAUUUUUAUUUAUAGAGCGAAAAAAUGGGAUGAAGAAAUGACUGAUCUAGAAAUUAAUUCUGGAAUAACGGUUCAACAUUAUGGCCAUACGGUCAUUAUGUUGGUUGAGAGUAAAUUGCGUGGAUUUACAUGUGGCUUAUGUGGAAAUUUCAACAGUGAAAACAGUGACGAAUUAAAUGAAACACCAAAAUGUGUAGAAUUGUAA